GACAAAGCUGAUCCCAUUUUCUAAAGGCAGCUGAUAACAACCUCGUUAUGCGAAUUUUUCAACUUGCUGCUGCGGUUAGAUUUGAUAUUAUAAGUAUGGGAAUGUGUGUUUGCUCGAUCAGGGUUGCAUCAGGUGUCAGGUGUUAACUUUUUAUGAGUCUCAUCUGCUGAUAUGAUCGGCCGUUUCCCUCAUUUGUGAGAAAUGCCAGCUGCUCUGCAAGGAUGCAGCAACGAUACCUCGCUCCCCAUGUGCUAUGAGGAGUCAGUGGGUCCUCUUGCUGUAAUUAUCAUCCCUAGUCUGUUGGCUCUGAGCACAGUUUUAGUGGUGGCUCUGAUUUUCUACAAUCUCCACAAGAACAAACAAAGAAGACCCAGCACCUCAGCAUACUUUACAAAUGGCCAGCAGAGUGUAUCCCUGACUGUAGCAUGUAUAGGCACUCCAAAGGUCCAUGCAGCUUUGUAUCCCUGGGAAAUACCCGAAGAGUUUGUUCUGGAGGGACUAGAGUUUUGGCAGACAGGUCGUUAUGGCCCAAUUUGUAAAGGUCUGCUAAAGAAGAGAGACCAGAACUCCUCUGCUGUGGUGGUUAAGUGCCUCCGAGAUGGCCCACACCAGCCCGAGGCUAAGGAGUUUGAAGAGUUGGUCCUCUUCCACGCCAAAGUGUGUAAACAUGAGAACGUGGUGCGGAUGCUGCACUGUCAGACCAAGUGUCUGCCCAUGUAUCUGGUUUUAGAGGCCUACAGCCCAGGAAACCUCCUCCACUUUCUCUGGACGCUCAGAAAUGCAACGGAGAAGAAUUCAAACAUUGCAGAUCCAUCGCUGAAUUUCUCUGAGAGGUCGGUUAUUCUGGUGGCAAAGCAGGUGGCAACAGGCCUGGAUUACCUGAUGUCAGAGCACAGGCUGGUGCAUGGAGAUGUUGCUGCCAGAAACAUCUUAAUUGGCCCAGGCCUCUCAGCCCGGGUGUCUGGACUGGGCGUGGCCUUUAGAGGACGCAAAAUGGAUCCACUCAUUAGGCAGAGGGCAGCAGAGGUGCCACUCAAAUGGCAGGCUCCAGAGACGAUCACGAUGCAGCUCAGUAUCGACAGAAGCGACGUGUGGUCAUUUGGAAUCUUACUGUAUGAACUGGUUACCUUAGGCUCUCCUCCAUACCCUGAGCUGGAGCCUCCGUCUGUGCUUCCAAAGCUACAUGGAUCUUAUCGAAUGAAGAGACCAGAGAAUUGUGGAGAACCUCUGUAUGAUCUGAUGAAGUACUGUUGGAUGUGGAGUUUCAAGGACCGACCUGCAUUCUCGGCCAUGAUAAAGCUGUUGGAGUCCUCUAAGCAUCUGGCAGCUGAUGAAGACAUUUGUGUUCCUGAGGUCAUAGACAUUUUAGAGUAUAACAGAAAGGCAGGACUGCUCUCAUAGACUU